AGGCGUCGACAAACUGAGCAGGCUCCUCCCCGACAACAGUUCCCGACCUCCGACGAGAAUUCAAGCUGCCACAUUGAAGAGGAACAAAAAGGCGACCUGACAGCGGUUUCUGCACUCCCUCCACUUUCUCCGGGGUAGUCACGGGAUUUCAAUGUUCAGCCUGCUCUUUGGUUUCUGUGUUAACUUUAGCCGUACCUAUAUGGCGUGUGUGAGCGGAGAAUUCUGCCAGGCACAGCACCUCACCUCUGUGGAGAAGUGAAUCGGCCGCCCCCCGAGGGACUACGCUGCCCAGAAACCCCCCUGACUGCCGGCACACUAGGAACUGCUGACUUUUCCAAAGCCCCCCUGGGAUAUUGCGUAGUCCUUGGCCUGACUGCCCUGCCCUGUCCCAACCAAUACGAAAAACCUUUGCUUUCCGCUUUCUCCUCGAACAGCCAAUCACAAACAACUCUCCUGAAUGGGCCGUCUCGCCAACAUGAACCGCCCCGCUGCAGUCGAGAUUGCCUACGAGUGCAUGAGGUUCCUGAUCACCCACAACCCCACCAAUGCCACGCUUAACAAGUUCACCGAGGACCUGAAAAAGUUUGAGGUGAACACACUGGUGAGAGUGUGUGAGGCUACAUAUGAUAAGGCUCCAGUAGAGAAAGAGGGGAUCCAAGUCCUGGACUGGCCCUUCGAUGAUGGUGCCCCUCCGCCCACCCAGAUUGUGGAUGACUGGCUCAAAUUACUCAACACCAAGUUUCGAGAGAAGCCCGGCUGCUGCAUCGCUGUGCACUGUGUGGCGGGGCUUGGCCGAGCUCCAGUCUUGGUGGCCUUAGCCCUCAUUGAGUGUGGGAUGAAGUAUGAGGAUGCUGUGCAGUUCAUAAGGCAGAAGAGACGUGGAGCCUUCAACUCCAAACAGCUUCUUUACCUCGAGAAAUACAGACCCAAAAUGCGUCUGCGGUUCAAGGAAACCAACGGCCACAACUGCUGCGUGCAGUAGGCUGCCUGUCAGUGCAUCGUUCUUAUGCACAUCUAGUGGGGAAUCUUCCGACAAGGGGAGAUUUAAAAAAAAAAAAAAAAAAAAAAUAUGAAGAGAGUGCUAUCAGUAAUUAUUGUGAUGAUUUGUUAACACUGAGUCAUGGUAAAUUGAUCAGAGAGGAAGCGAGUGAUCAAAUGAAUGAAUCCAGAUCUGGGGAUCCACCAGCCGAACCAAUGAAUGGAAGGUCAAAGCACACAGAUAGGCCCGCCUCCCGGUUAUACUGUUCAACCACGGGCCAGAAUUUUUCAACUCGAGUCCAUCCUCUUUCUUUUUUUUGGUUUCUGUUGUAAUCAUGGGAUAACAAUUUCCAUUUUGUGAAUUUUUAUUUUUACACAAACAUGGUGAUAAAAUGUUAUAUUCCAAUUUUUUUAUUUCCACAAAUUAUUGAUAAUAUGAUUAGGCCAGAAUAAUGUACCUUUUUAAAAGAAAAAACAUUUUUAAACUUCAAACAUACAUUGUGACUGUCUUUUUUGCACAAAACUCAAAGGUUCACCCUUAAAAUGCAGUAAUGUUUUCUUUUGACCCUUCACUUGCUUCAAGUCACUUUCAGUUUCGGGGCUCACUGAGCUUGAAUAUGUCUGCAAUAUUUAUUCACAAGAUAUGAUAUGUGUGACAGAUAUGAGUUUGGCAGGGGCAAGGACACUUUGUUAUCCAAUACUUCUGUUUUUUAUCCUUUGAGAGCCAUGUCUUUUUCUUCUUCUUCUUCUUUUUUUAAAAUAUCUUGUUGGAGUGCAAUAAUCAGUCCACCUCAGAUAAGCCCACCAAACCCUGCUGAGCAUCCUACAUACACUCACACACACACACUUCAGUCAUUCAGGCAGUUAAACAGGAAAAAAAACAAAAAAACAACACCAACAGGUACUUCUCCUGUUUUCAUUCACUCUCCCUGACGAGGUGACAGUCGGACUUCCCGAAAAGCGCGUAUUUCAACUCUUACACAGAGCCUAAGAUCCAAUCUGAAAGACAAGGUGGAGAAGAAUGAAAAUGGUCAGUUUUUUAUCAUUGUACCCAUUUUGAAAACAUCCCCAAUUCGUAUUGGUUCUUUAAAGAUAAAUAAAUUGAAAUAAAAAGCA